GGGACUUCGGUGCAGUUGGAAUAUUUUCAAAAAAAGUCAAAUGAACCUGCUGAUUUGGUCGCAAGAUUUCAACGCGUUUUGAACUUCCAUGCAUCAGGUCACAAUGAUUUCCCUCAAUUCCAUGGAAUUUAUAAUCUUUGCAUCGAUACAUCAAAUGGAAAAACUGUUUGGACAAAACACGAAAUCAUGACCCCUAAAAUGUUCACUGAUGACGAAGAAAAAUUAAAACGAGAAUCGGAAGGAGAUACAGACAUCAGUACGGAUCCGAUACGAUUUGAAGCUGAUACUUUUAUCGCUUUUAAACAGAAAUUCCACGCACAAAAUGAGGAAUCAUACAAAAUGACCGAAAAUUUCAUGGUACCCAGAGAACACGUGGCACUGAAAGUAUGGAGAAAUGCUGUAAAUCAUUUCAUCAAUGUAGCUCCUUUAUGGGACAACCUAAAAAAGUUGAUGAUCACUGUUGAUCAAGCGAUUAAAAAAAUAGCCCAACAAUUGGACACAAUUGGUCAGCAAUUGACUGUUUACAAUAAAGCCAUUGAUUCCAAAGAGGUGGAUGACACAUUAAUUCAAGUUAACGGUCAAUUUUCCAGCACCGUGUGGUAUAAAUUUCUGUACGAAUAUAAAAGUCACACAGCAGCGUUUAUAGUUUUACACAAUACACCAAACUCGCCACCAGAAGUGAAAGCAUGCGAAACAGAAAUGAUCUGUGAUGUGAAGAAAUGGCGUGAAAAAAAUAAUGACGAUGAUGCAGAUGAAGACAUCUCCGCAGAGAUUUUUAAAUACGUAUAUUGUUGCAAUCCAAGUUCUGAAGAAGUUGAGAAAAUAUUUCAUCAGUCGUAUGAGAUAAAAGGACCCUUAAAUCUCGAUGAAUUUUUUAACAAGCCGAGUUAGUUAAUCUAGGAGAGAAUGACACAAA